UCACUGACAAGCGUGAAGGAAAGGUGUUUUGUGUACAGCGUUUGCAGAGUUCAAAAUGUCGAAAGGAACAACGAUUAAAGAAGCCCUCGCUAGAUUCGAGGAGAAAACAGGACAGAAGGCAUCUGAAUCCAAGGAGGUGAGGUUGUAUAUGCAGAUACCACCGAUAGAAAAGAUGGAUGCCUCCCUUUCGACACUUACCGCAUGCGAGAAAUUGGCAUUAUCGACAAAUGCUAUUGAGAAAAUAGCAAAUCUUAAUGGCUUGAAAAAUCUAAAAAUUUUGUCACUGGCACGGAAUAAUAUCAAGAGUUUGAAUGGUUUGGAAGCUGUAGCAGACACACUAGAAGAAUUGUGGUUUUCUUAUAAUUUGGUUGAAAAGUUGAAAGGAAUUCAAGUUUUAAAAAAGCUCAAGGUGCUGUACCUGAGUAAUAAUCAAGUCAAAGACGUAGCAGAAUUGAAUAAAUUGGGUGAAUUGCCAAUGCUUGAAGAACUUGUAUUUGUUGGUAACCCAUUAGAAGAAAAACACUCUCAAGAAGGCACAAAGGAGGCUUACAAAAACCAUGUUAAAGGAAAAAUGCUUAAAUUGAAAAAACUUGAUGGUGAACCCAUAUUAAGAGAUGAGGUGGAUGAAGAUUAAAGAUAACAAAUAAAAACAACUAUAUAUUUUCCAUUUUUUGGUAUUGUAAAUAUUGAACAUUUUGUAAUUUGGCAUAUAUUUACUUAUUUUUCGUAAUGUUACAGUUAGAUACAUAUUGUACAUACUGAUUUGAAUACAUUCUGUGUAGACUCAAUGUUAAAUUCGUUCCUCAUGCUCAUACAUUUCCAUACUUAAUUACAUCAUUAUUAUUGUUUCUCUUGUUAUAAUAUUCCAUUUAAAUAAAGUAAAAAAGCCAAAAAUAAAAUUUUAUGUCUUUUUGAAUUUCAUUAUUUAUAAGUACAUUAUUGUAUUGCUGUAUAUUAUAUACCUGAGCAUUAUAGUACUUACUUGGAGAGUUGUUCGUGUAUAAUAAAAAAAUUGCUUUAAAAAAAAUAAGCUGUAAUUACUCAGAGAUUUGUAUAGCGAGUAUUCCACAUAAUCGAGUGCGAAAAAAAUUCUUUGUUUUUUUACUUAUUUCAGAUGUAAUUUUCAUGCAAUAAAGUUUUAAAAGUCAAA